AUGUUUGUUUUACAGGAACAAGUGGGCGAUGUGAAAUCUGAAGACAAUGAAAAUCUGCAAAAUGAAGAACAGGGACAACUAGUUGCUCAAAUAUUGGAAACACAGAGGGAACUGGAGAUUUCUGGACAAUCAGCAUCAAAAACAGAAAUAGACUGGGAAGGCGGUAGAAAACGCGAGCGAGAAUCAACUUUGAAAGAAGUGGAGAGACUACGAACGGCAAUUCAGACUUUGACUCGAGCUGCGAAUCCACUAGGAAAGCUGAUCGAUUUCUUGCAAGAGGAUGUCGAUUCCAUGCAACGGGAGUACUCCAAUUGGAGUGAAGCUUACGCCAAGUCUAUGGCUGAUCUACAGAGUGAACAAAGAUACUAG